GUUCUGUCCACAAUCGAUCAAAACUGAAGCUGGUGGUCAAGUAUGUCAUUGUGACCUUCGUGCUCGCCAUUUUCCUACGGCUUCUCUACGUCAGCUGUAAGUGCACGAGACAACUGGUUGGCAAGGAAAUCUGGGUUGGUGAUGGCGAGACAACUGGUUGGCAAGGAAAUCUGGGUUGGUGAUGGCGAGACAACUGGUUGGCAAGGAAAUCUGGGUUGGUGAUGGCGAGACAACUGGUUGGCAAGGAAAUCUGGGUUGGUGAUGGCGAGACAACUGGUUGGCAAGGAAAUCUGGGUUGGUGACGGGAUGGAUGGAUGUUCUGGAACUUGGCUUUACUGAGGCGAUGGAUUGGUUUGCAACAAACUACCAUUUGGAUGGGUCUAGAAGUCAACCACGGGGGUUGUGGGGGUUGGGGGGGGUGGGGGCUAAUUUUGGUUAUGUGGUUGCUGAAAUAUUUUUUGGGGAACAAUAAACGUACGCAGGUGUGAUUGGUGGUUGUUGGCGCUAGUCAUGGUGGGGGGGGGGGGGUUGACCACGUCUGUUUCAGUUGCUGCAUGGAUACAAGUUAACUGUCUUCGUUUGUGUCUUUCAGAUGACAUGGCAAUGGAAGAUAGCAACGGAACUUUGAACUCAAGGAAGGCACACGUAAGCUUUUUUACAAAAAUUGUAAUAUACCAAGGAAAAACAUUAUAUCAGACCUGCACAACAUACGGCCCGCGGGCCACAUGCGGCCCGCAAGCACCCAUUUUGCGGCCCGCAAAGCAAGGAAAUAUUCUUUAUUCUUAUUAUUUUAUCAAUAGCUUUCCCCCAUUUCCUAUUUUCUUUUGGCCCGCACAAGUCCUGUCCUAUUUUCUUUUGGCCCGCACAAGUCUUUCAUUAAGUAUUACGGCCCGCCUUACAUUUGGAGUUAUGCAGGUCUGCAUUAUAUGGUCAAGAGUAUGGCACCAAAUUAAAAGAGAUUAUGUUCAUGAAACUUAAAUAAUCAUUUAACAAGCAUGGAGCAUAUCUCUAUGAGUCAAAGCAGUGGCGUAGAAAGGGGGUUGAGGAGGAGGGAGGCCUUUCUCAUCGGGCGGCAUAGUUUCUUUACCAUAGAUUGGUGGCAUUGUGGUGGCAUUGUGGUGGCAUUUUGGUGGCAUUGUGGUGGCAUUGUCGACAAACUGCAGAGGUUUUUUUUCCCCGUUGAAGCUGGGCAGCAAAAACCUUUUCUUCCCCCACUUCUCCCACGCAGCACCCACCCCCAAACUACGCCCCCGAGUCAAAGCACAUACACGCCGUGGUGAGAUCCAUUCAUUUAAAUGUUACAUGCUGGUCACGGACGCUAAGUGGCAACACUGAUUUAAAAACAGAUAUAGUUGCUUAUCAAAGUAUUUUACUGUCUGAAUAAGAUGUGUACACCCAAGCUAGCACACAGACUCAUAUAUUGAUAGAAACAGCAUCAUGCUAAAUAGCCCGAAGCCAAAAGUCAAAACUUUUUAUUUUAAUAGGACACACAUUAUGUAACCAAUUAUUGUCCAAUGUUAAAAAAACAACUUGAUCCUCUGUUUCUAGCAAAAUUUCAGCACCACCGCCAAGCCCACUCCCCAGAAACUCAGUUUUUCCAAAGGGAGAUGUAUGAAAUAUGACAUGCUCUAUGGUUGCUGGUGUGAAGAUUAAUUUGGGUAGAUGUUGUUAUGUGCCUUGUGUUUGUGACGCAUUUGGGCAUGCAGCAAACAUAAAAAUGGAUUUUUUGAAAGGGAAGAUGAAGGAAAUAUGUAACGUGUUUUCGCCAGAAGUUUACCCAUUUGCAUAACCGUUUCUUAAUAAAUGAUAAAUCACGUACAAUUACAUAAAUGCAAAGAUAAAUGCAUGCAUUGGCUUAUCCGAAACACUUACGCUUUAUUAAUUCACUGUUUAAUAUUGCUAUUUUCAACAGGGCAUAUCCUCGAAGCAGCGAAAAUCCGCCAUACAUUUAAAUGAAGACGUUGAAAGGACAUCUGUAGACGUGUUGGAGAGUAUGAUGACCCGGCAGUAAGUGAAUAAAAAAUAGCUCGAUGUCAUCAUCACUUGAAAUUACCCUAUAUAUUACGUAGGAAAAUAACGUCAUCUCUCUUUAAUUUAUUUCCCUCCCUUUUCUUUAGUAGUACAAUGUGUCUAUUCUUUAAAGAAGCGAAAAAAUAUUAAUUUUUUUUCCCCCCAAUAAUUAGAUUAAGUUAGCCAGGGUUAAAUAUUGCAUAACCCCACACCCAUUCCCCUCCUUCCCCAACAACCCACUCGGUAAAGAUAGUGAGCUGAUGAUGGAACAAGAUGAAAUAUGAACCAACGGUAUGUUUUAGUGACAAGCAAAGUUUAUUACAAACAAUAAACAAUCCAUUUCUAGUAUAAAAAGAACAACAUCUUUUCUAUAAAUAAAUCAAAGUUAAAAAAAAAAAAAAUAUUUUUCUGUAAAAGUAUAUUGUAGAUGUAUGACAGACAUGCACAGUUUAAGACAUUUGUAUGACAGAAUGGUACAGUGUAAGACAUGUAUACGACAGAAUGGAACAGUUUAAGACAUCUGUAUGACAGAAUGACACAGUUUAAGACAUCUCUUUGAGAGGCUGGCACAGUGAAAGGAAGAUGCGUAGGCCAGACGUACAAAGUUAAAUAUUGCUGUAUGACAGAAUUGAGCAGUCAAAGGCAGUUUUUUGACAGAAUAACACCGUUAAAGACAGACUUACAACGUUAAAAAGAAACAUUAUUCAUGUCGUUGUAGGAGAAGAAUACAAGAGACAUGUGAACAAGGGAUUGGUAACAUCCAGCAACCGUUUGAGGAUCACAUCCUUGUCUCACGCAUGAGCCAUUUCUUCUACUGUCCGGUGGAGAAAACCGCUUCUACAUUCUGGAGGCGGUUCUUGUACCAGCUAGAAUUUACAAAACCUAUGAAGUAAGUACCCAACCUAUGUAGUAAGUAAGCUGUAUAGUUAGUACCCAACGUACGAAGUAAGUAGGCUAUAUAGUUAGUACACAACCUAUGAAGUAAGUACCCAGCCUAAGUAGUAAGUAAGUUAUACAGUUAGUACCCAAACUAUAAAGUAAGUCAGCCAUACAGUUAGUACCCAACCUAUGAAGUAAUUAAUCUAUAUAGUUUGUACCCAACCUAUGAAGUAAUUAAUCUAUAUAGUUUUUACCCAACCUAUGAAGUAAUUAAUAUAUAUAGUUAUUAUUCAACCUAUAAAGUAAUUAAUCUAUAUCGUUAGUACCCAACCUAUGAAGUAAGUACCCAACCUAAGCAGUAGGCAAGCAAUAUAUUAGUAUCCAACCUUUUCCAAUAAUUACAAAACCUACGCAUUGGGACAAGUCCAUUAUACGAACCCCAACCCCCCCCCCCCCCCAAUCACUCAAACCCAAAAUAUUUAACAACGAUAUCCAAUCAACUGAUAAAUAGAUGACAAAAUACUUUGAACAAAAAAAAAAUACACACACACGUACGGAUUACCAGUGUUUGAACUCCAUAUAAGUGAAAAUAAGCCAGGCCUACCAAAUUCCCAUCUUAUUUAAAGGUGCUUUGAUAACAACAACAACAACGACAACCUACUUAUAGUCCAUAUAGCUUUCAUCCCUCAUCAACGUUCUGAUCUCUCCUUGCAGGUCGCCGUUUGACGUCAGCGUGAAACAAGCGUAUGACGGAAUGACCAAGCAGGUGAAACUCUUCGAGAAAGGCCAGAAGUUAAAAAACAUGCUUCGACUGUCCACUAAAAUCCUAUUCGUUCGCGACCCCUAUUCCAGAAUCUUCUCCGCCUACGUCGACAAGCUCCUCGCCCCCAACCCCGUGUUCUGGACCACUUGGGGUGUCCCGGCCGUCACGCGUUAUCGCCCGGGGGCGGCGCUCACCCCAACCUGCGGCGCGGACGCGCGCUUCUUCGAGUUCGUGAGUCUGAUCGUGGAUCAGGAAUGGGGUCUGGAGCCCCACGUCAUGCCGAUUUAUAAACUUUGCGCGCCGUGUUGGGCCAACUACACGGUGGUCGGAAAGAUGGAGACGUUCAUGCGGGACACGGGCCACGUCCUGGAGUAUCUCGGCCUCAACGUGAGUCAGCUGGGCUUCGAGAAGAUGGACGAAGACGUCAUCAACGACGCCGUAGAGGACUCGGUCAACGACGCGAUGAGCGAGGAGUGGCUGAACAAAACUCUGAAGUGCAUCGGAAAACUGGGCGUGGCCAGGCGGAUCUGGCGGAAGUUGCAGCUCAGAGGGUUCAUCAGCUGGAGGCUGAACUUCAACCUCAAGCCCGACUACGUGGCGGCAAUGCAAGGGAAGGAUUUUAUUGAGAUUCUCAAACAAACGUUAAGGGCGUCCACCGACAAGCGCGAGUUGCGUUUCCAGAAGAGGUACGCGCUGCUCGAGGCGUUCAGUGGUCUCAAACAAUCUCAGCUGGAGAGCAUCGCGAUGAUUUUCAAGCCAGAUUUUAUGAUGUUCGGAUACGACCCUCAGAUGAUGGCGAGAGAUCUGAAGGAUUUCGCGCAAACAGGCGCUUUUGAUUGGGACAAGAGUUGGGACCUCAGUGAAGUUAUACCCAUCUUCUAGCUCUAGGGAAUUUGUUGAGCUAUGCUCGAGCUAUAGGACCUUACUGAAGAUUUUUACUCGACUACUAGGCAGCAACCUAGUAAAAUGGAGUCUAAUUUCUAUCCAGGUUGUUAUUGGAGUAAAUCUCCAUGUCGAGUUUGGACCGCGGAGUUAUGUGAACACGGGCUGAAAAUUAUUUUUCGACCUAUUUAGCUUAUCAUUUGACCUCAGCCUGGUCCACAAUUGGCGUUCUGUCUCAUAUCUGUCUUAGCCAUUAAAUGGCUUGUAAUCGAAGCAGGCAAUAUUUUGAAAUUAGUACCUUAUAAACUUGGACAUGUUUUAUUGAAUCUCAUACCGGACUUGACUUGGGGGCGUUGUAUUAGAUUUGGCGACCAAUCCACGUCGUAUAUCUGUCACUGACCCCAAACGGAACAUGUUGACCCGAAGCCGUCCUUGACAUUCAUGGAUUCAUAUGGUCAUCUUUCAUUCACUAAUUUAUGGAUCGGUUACACCGAAUAGAGACUUUGACAUAGACAACGAUUCCAUGUAACUCAUCAUUUCUCCCCCCCCCUAGGGCAUCAACGCAAC